AUGAUUGUCUUCGAAUUUGGUGGUUACGGUACUAGACUGCGUCCUCUAACGCUAACUAGCCCCAAGUCAUUGGUCCCUUUCUGUAACCUACCCAUUGUAGAGCAUCAGAUUGCUGCAGCGGUAGAGUGUGGGGUGGAUCAUGUCGUCCUUGCUGUGGGCUUCCAACCUGAACAUAUGCAACAUGCCCUUAAGGAGAUGGAGGCCAAGUAUGGUGUGAAGAUAACAUGCAGCAUCGAGACAGAGCCACUAGGCACUGCUGGACCGUUGUAUCUAGCACGUGAUAUCCUCCUAUCUGAUGAUGAACCUGUUUUCGUGUUUAAUUCGGAUGUCAUAUGUGACUUCCCUUUGAAGGAUCUCUUGAGGUUCCAUAAGAACCACGGUAGAGAGGGUACCAUUGUAGUGACUAAAGUCGAGGAUCCAUCCAGGUUCGGUGUGGUAGUAUACGAUGACCAGACUGGUAAGAUCGAUCGUUUUGUUGAGAAGCCUAAGGAGUUCGUAGGAGACAGGAUAAAUGCUGGACUAUAUAUCCUAUCAAAUUCGGUUAUAGAACAGAGGGUUCAUCCCCGGUUCAUGAUGAUCGAGACUGAUGUGUUCCCUCAGAUGGCAGUCGAUGGUCAGCUCUAUUGCUUCCAACUGGAAGGAUAUUGGGCUGAUAUUGGCCAACCUAAAGAUUAUCUCAAAGGAAUGAGUAUGCAUUUGAAUUUCCUAUCCCAGAAGAAUGACGAGAAUAAGGCUAAGCCACAUGAGAAGUUAGUACGGUGUAUCCCAGGCGUGGAGAUAGUGGGCAACGUAUUGAUAGAUCCCACAGCUAAGAUAGGAGAGGGUUCCAAGUUAGGUCCUGAUGUGACCAUAGGCCCAGGUGUUAUCAUUGGUCGAGGAUGCCGUGUGAAGGGUAGCGCUGUCAUGGACAACGCAGUGAUAUCUGACUAUGCCACUGUCUCUGGCUCCAUUAUUGGGUGGAAAUCACGUGUUGGUAGUUGGACUCGAGUGGAUCCUAUGACGGUUGCUGCUGAAAGCGUGGAUAUCAAACCUGAAUUGUACAUUAAUGGGGCAUUCCUCCUACCAUUCAAGGCCAUUAAGGAUUCAGUUCCUAUAAAUGGUCAAGUAAUCAUGUGAUGCGACCCUCACGAUAAUAGACCUCUCUACCUGUAUCAUCUGCCUAAGAGCCAGGCAAGGCGCCAUCAUUACUGCCAUCACACUGUGUCCACUUCGA